UCACCAAGACAAUCCAGCUGUCUAUCCAAGUGCAACAAACAAACAUGGUGGCACGAUCUUCGUAGUUCGUUUUUACACCUUUCCUUCCGAGCUUCGUCUGUAACCGAGUUGUGUGUAAAUCGCUGGGAAAGCCGUAGGCGCCUGAUCCUCAAUUUUUCUCGGGGCGACCUAGCGCGUCAGCCACACGCUAGCCAUGUUCGCGUCCGCUAACAACUCCGUCAACUUCGGUGGCGGCGUGGGCAUGUUUUCGGCAGCUUCUGCCACCGGCACGCACAACCCGAUGAAAGACUUCGAGGUCGUUUCGCCCCCGGACGAUUCCAUCAGUAGCCUGGCUUUUAGCCCGGCCUCGCUCCCGCAGAACUUCUUGAUUGCCGGCAGCUGGGAUAACCAGAUAAGGUGCUGGGAGGUGCAGAGCACGGGACAGACCAUUCCCAAGGCGCAGCAGACUCAUCAGGGACCUGUGCUCGACGUUGCCUGGAGCGACGAUGGCACCAAGGUCUUCUCAGCGUCCUGCGACAAGACCGUGAAGAUGUGGGACCUGAACAGCAACCAGGCCCUCCCGAUUGCUCAGCACGACGCCCCGGUAAAGACCGUCCACUGGCUCAAGGCCCCCAACUACACCUGCAUCAUGACGGGCAGCUGGGACAAGACACUCAAGUUUUGGGACACAAGGACGCCAACACCCAUGUUGACCAUCACCCUUCCUGAGCGCUGCUACUGUGCAGACGUGGUGUACCCGAUGGCCGUGGUGAGCACUGCGGGCAGAGGCAUCAUCGUCUACCAGCUGGAGGGCCAGCCGCAGGAGUACAAGAAGAUUGAGUCCCCGCUCAAGUACCAGCACCGCUGUGUCUCCAUCUUCCUGGACAAGAAGUCUCAGCCCAGUGGCUUUGGCCUGGGCAGCGUGGAGGGCCGAGUGGCCAUCCAGUACGUGAACCCGCAGAACCCCAAGGACAACUUCACCUUCAAGUGCCACCGGGCCAACGGAACCACCAACGGCUUCCAGGAGAUCUUUGCGGUGAACGACAUCGCCUUCCACCCCGUGCAUGGCACCCUGGCCACGGUGGGCUCUGACGGCAAGUUCAGCUUCUGGGACAAGGAUGCCCGUACCAAGCUCAAGACCUCCGAGCAGAUGGAGCAGCCCGUGACGCGCUGCUGCUUCAACGCCCGGGGCGAGAUCUUUGCCUACUCCGUCAGCUACGACUGGUCCAAGGGACACGAGUUCUACAAUGCACAGAAGAAGAACUACAUCUUCCUCCACUCCUGCUUCGAGGAGCUCAAGCCACGCACAAAGAAAUAAACACCCAGCCAGACAUCACAAGCUGCUUGGCCCGCAAUUUUGACGGAAACGAAAAAAAGAGGUCCCAGUACACAGUCUUAAAAUGUGUGAAUCAUUUUCUUUUUUUAUUGCCAAAACAAAACACUGCUUUCUAGAAGCUGCUUCCCUCCAAGCGUCUGCUUGCGAGUCUGUACAAUGGUGGCGGUGCCACGGGAAAUAAAAAAUCUCUCGGCAUCGUGAUAAUAA